CGUGGACCAUGAGUGCCGCGAGGGCAGCGAUGUCCACUCAGGCUGUCAUAGACGAAUUUUUUGACUUGUUUGAAGCAGUUUUGGACAAUCAUGAACUGAAAGACAAACCUGGACAGAUAUUCAACGUCGACGAAACGGGCUGGACUGGUAAAAUAAAGUCUACACAGCGUUUUAUCGCUCUUACAGAUUCCAGCCAUGUGAUUAAGAGGAAAACGUCUGUGAAUGGUCACAUCAAUGUUCAAGUGUGCGUCAGCGGCAGUGGUAGAUUUCUUCCAACAAUGGUAGUGUACAAAGGAUGUCUCCCCAAUACAGAGAUCGAGGAUUUGCCAGACUCGUGGUUGUUCGCGGCCAAUGAGCCUGGUUACGUGAACGGCGACUUAUUCCACAAGUGGUUUACCCACAUAUUCGUCCCGCACUGUGGCAAUGCACGACCAGUCUUAUUGGUCAUGGACAACCACGAAAGCCACGUGACGUUAUCUACGAUUGAAGAGGUCAUAAAAAAUGGAAUGCCGGACAUAAACCCUCCCGGAUAA